AUGGCUGAUCAGCUGACCCAAGAACAGAGUACUGAAUUCAAGGAAGCUUUAUCCCUCUUUGAUAAAGAUGACUAUGGCACCAUCACAACAAAGGAACUUGGAACUGUCAUUAGGUCAUUAGGUCAGAACUCAACAGAAGCAGAAUUGCAGGAUAUGAUCAACAAUGUGGAUGCUGAUGGUAAUGUCACCAUUGACUUCCCAGAAUUUUUGACUAUGAUGGCUAGAAAAAUGAAAGACACAGAGAGCAAGAAAGAAAUCCGUGAGGCAUCUUGGGUCUUUGAGAAGGAUGGCAAUUGUUACAUCAGUGCCACAGAACAAUGUCAUGUCAUGACAAACUUAGGAGAAAAACUAACAGAUGAAGAAGUAGAUGAAAUGACCAGAGAAGCAGAUAUUGAUGGAGUUACACAAGUCAACUAUGAAGAAUUCAUACAGAUGAUGACUGAAAAAUGAAGAUCUACUUUCAACUCCUUUCCCACCCCUCCACCUCCUGGAAAGAAUCAAAUUGAAUCUUUUACUUACCUCUUGCAAAAAACAAAACAAAACAAAAACUGAAUGUCAAAAGUACCUUCUGUCCACACACACAAAAAAUCUGCAUGUAUUGGCUGGUGGUCCUGUCCCCUA